CACACACACACACACACACACACACACACACACACACACACACACAGAGGCAGAUCUCCGCUCUCAUGGCUUCUCUCAGCGCUGCGUCCCUCCUGGCUCUGAGCUCCCUGAUCUGUCACCUGGCUGCUUCCUCUGAAGCCCUGAACCUGAAAGCUCAACCUGGAGAGAAUGUCACCCUGAGCUGUCAGGCUCCUGAUGGUGUCGACAUCGAAGCAGUAGAUUGGAGCAGAAAGGACAUGAAGAAACUAGAAUGUGUCUUCUUCUUCCAAGACAGGCACAUUGACGCAGGCCACCAACAUGAGUCUUUUAAGAACCGGGUGGAGCUGAAAGACAGAGAGAUGAAGAACGGCGACCUGUCUGUGAUUCUGAAGAACGUGAAGAAGAACGACAGUGGAACAUACGAGUGUCGCUUUAAAGCUGCUGGUGCCAAACGCAGGAAGAGAGCCAUUAUUAAAGCUCCUCCCAUCAGCAUCAUGACGCUGGAGGUUGUAGAUCCAGACACUUCAGGUGGAGACAAAAUGAUUCAAGACCCUGUGGAUGACCAUGACCCUGAUGAACCUGCUGGGCGUGUUCAUCCUGCAGUGGCUGUAGUUCCUGUACUGGCAGUGCUUAUUGUGGUUCUUUCUGCUGUGGCUGUUCUGUUGUACAGAAAACAAAAAGCAAGUAGAGAGUACAGAGAGGUGAACAGGGAGAUUGCAGGAGGUCCUCAGCUGAAAGCAGGAGUGUGUCAGGAGUGUUAGGAGUGUUAGGAGUGUUAGGAGUGUGUUAGGAGUGUUAGGAGUGUUAGGAGUGUUAGGAGUGUUAGGAGUGUGUUAGGAGUGUGUUAGGAGUGUGUUAGGAGUGUGCUGUGGUUCUGGAUCCAGACGCUGCCUCAGCUGAACUGUAGCUGUGUGUGAGUCGGGUGGAGGAGGCCAGCGGGGUCGGCUCGGCUGAUGCCAGGUUGUGUCGGGCUUCACAUGAGAGAAGGACCUUCAGGUCAGUGUGGUGCUGGACCAGUCACCAGUGAAGGUGUGGGAGAACAGCAGUAAAGUGGUUGAGUCAUAGAGAAACAGUAAAAUGAGCAAAGUGGGGGUCAGAGUGGUGGCAGAGCUGCUGUCAGAGCAGAGCAGCUGCAGGAGGCUUUAGUGGAAGGAGCCAGACGCUGAUUCUGACCAGUGAAUAAUGAGAUGAUGCCACGAUCAAACUCACAGAAUAAAUCCAAAACAUCUAAAGAGCACCAGAUCAAAACCAGAAGCAGAGAUCCCAUGAAAGAGUGUGAGGUGAGGGAGAGAGCAGCUGCAGUGUUGAGGCAGCUCCUGAACACAGAACCACAAACACUAACCUUCAUCCUGACCACAGCAAGCAGCAGCUUGGCUUCAGCUUCCACAUGCAAAUGAGUGGAAGUGCACAUGGAACACAGAUGAUCUGCACUUAUUCAUUUGUUCUUCUGAAGGACACAUUAAGCUGUGGCAGCUACACAGAAUGCUGACUAAACUGCAUAUUGGAAAUGGCACUUUUGUUUUUGCAUUUGUAUUUUUCAUCAUGAUUAUGACUUUUGUGUGGCUGAACAGGCUAGAAAAAACCUUUC